AAAAAGGAGAGGGGGAAACAGUUUAUUUUUUUAUGCAUAAUAGGUUUGAUUAAAACUAAGAAUUUCGAAAAUGUCUAUGCGACCUGAUGAUCAUAGGCGAAAAUGGAACAGAGAAGAGUACGAAAGAAUAGCACUUCAGCGUCUCCAGGAUGAAAUUGCUGAAGAAGAAUUAGGAAUUCCAAAACAACCAGCAGUAAAAAGAGAGUUGCUCAAACAACGAGAUUACAAAGUUGAUCUUGAAUCUAAAUUAGGGAAAAGUGUUGUUAUUAAUAAAAAUACUCCAUCUUCGCAAACUGGAGGGUACUAUUGUAAUGUUUGUGAUUGUGUCGUCAAGGAUUCAAUUAACUUUUUAGAUCAUAUUAAUGGCACAAAACAUCAACGUAAUUUGGGUAUGUCAAUGAAAAUUGAACGAUCCACAUUAGAACAGGUUAAAGCUCGCUUUGCAAUGAAUAAAAAAAAAUUAGAAGAAAAAAAGAAAGACUAUGAUUUAGAGCAGAGAGUAAAAGAAUUGAAGGAAGAGGAAGAGAAGAUUAAAGAGUAUAGAAAAGAAAAGAGGAAAGACAAGAAAAGAAAAAUUGAAGAAGUUAAUGAGGAUAGUGGUGGACCUUCAGAUGAAAUGGCAGCAAUAAUGGGUUUUUCUGGUUUUGGUUCCAAAAAAAAGUGA